CGCCGCCCGCCGCUCCCCGCGGGGGCCGGCCCGGCCCGGGGCAGCCCGCGGGGCCGCUAUAAAGCGGCGGGGCGGCGGGCGGCCUCCGGUCCUCUUGGCCAUGCUGCGGCUCCUCCUUCUCCUCCUGCCGCUCGGCGGUCCCGCCGCCCUGCCCACCCCUCCCCGCCGCCGCCGGGGCGCCGCCGCGCCGCCUCCCGCCCUUUACCUGACGCGUUACCUCAGGCAGCAGAUUGAUCACUUUGGAUUUGAUGAAAAUCUUACAUUCCAGCAACGGUAUCUAGUAGCAGAUCAGCACUGGAAGAAAGACAAUGGACCAAUACUAUUUUAUACAGGCAAUGAAGGAGACAUCACAUGGUUCUGCAACAAUACGGGUUUUAUGUGGGAUGUGGCUGAAGAACUUAAUGCCAUGCUAGUGUUUGCUGAGCAUAGAUAUUAUGGAGAAUCUUUACCGUUUGGGAAUGAGUCUUUCAGCGAUUCCAAGCAUCUGAAUUACCUGACAUCAGAACAAGCUCUGGCAGACUUCGCAGUACUAAUUGAGUACUUAAAAACGACUAUUGCAGGAGCCCGUUACAGUCCUGUCAUAGCUAUAGGAGGAUCUUACGGAGGAAUGCUUGCAGCCUGGUUUAGGAUGAAGUACCCCCAUGUGGUAGUUGGAGCUCUGGCAGCCUCUGCCCCAAUCUGGCAGUUUGGUGAUUUGGUUCCGUGUGGCACUUAUUUCAGCAUAGUGACCAGUGAUUUCAAAAAGAGUGGGACAGGCUGCUCAGAAAGCAUCCGGAAUUCCUGGAAUGCCAUUAACCACCUUUCCUCAACAGAUACAGGUUUACAGUGGCUUUCCAGCACAUUUCAUUUGUGCAGCCCAUUAAAAAAUCUUCAGGAUGCUGCUAUAUUGAAAAAUUGGCUGAGUGAAACAUGGGUAAACUUGGCUAUGGUGAACUAUCCCUAUAAAGCUGACUUCUUGCAGCCUUUGCCAGCUUGGCCUAUACAGGAAGUCUGCAAGUUCUUGAAGGAUCCCAGUCUCUCUGACAAAUUGUUGCUGCAGAAUGUGUUCCAGGCGGUAAAUUUAUACUACAAUUAUUCAGGAGAAGCCUCAUGCUUAGACAUGUCUGAGACUGCAACAAAGAAUCUGGGCCAGUUGGGUUGGUACUAUCAGGCUUGCACUGAGAUGGUGAUGCCCAUGUGCACAGAUGGUGUCAAUGACAUGUUUGAGCCUCAGAAAUGGGACUUCGAUGCACUUUCAGAAGAGUGUUACAAGCUGUGGGGAGUGAGGCCUCGUCCCUCUUGGAUUCUUUCUAUGUAUGGAGGGAAAAACAUAAGUUCACACAGCAACAUUGUCUUCAGCAAUGGUGGCCUGGACCCGUGGUCUGCAGGUGGGGUGACCCAGAACAUCACCGAUUCCCUCGUGGCAAUUGUGAUCCCAGAUGGAGCCCAUCACCUGGACCUACGCAGCCGCAACCCUUUGGACCCCAAAUCUGUGCAGCAAGCUCGAGCCUUGGAAAUCCACUACAUGAAGCAGUGGAUUGAAAAGGCCAGGCGCAACCACUGAAGUGGUACUGCAACAGCUGUGGCCAUUAUACCUCUGUUGGCUUUGCUGGUAGUAGGGCCAGGCCUUACCACAUGGUCACUUGAACAUUUCACUCCUGCUUCCUCACCUGUGUUGCAGUGCUAACCAUUGCUUGUGCCCAUGAGAAAAGCAGGCAGCAGAUGGAUGGAGAGCAUUCUCAGAUAAUAAACUUUAGUCAAAGUGCAUGGAUUGAGUUGCCUGCUCUGGCUUGCUUUCCUCUUCUGCUCUUCUCAAAUGCUGUACUUUACCAUAAAGAGUUCCUGUUCUAGGCUUGAUGCCUUCCUCGCUGCGCUAGGUGAUUGUCCUGACUGCUGGUAUAUACAGUGGAUUAAAUGGCAGUGCUGUUGAUGAUGAAACUCCUGCUGCCUUCAGUGGGAUUGGAUUUCAGACAUCCUCAGCUGGUGUAAACUGUCAUGGCAGGGGCGUGGAGGUAAUGGGGGAACAAAAGUCACAUCUUACUGUGAUGUUUGGUGGAAAGGUAGGGAAGGCAUGGGGAAACUGGCUGUGCUGUUUAUAAAGAAACUAAACAGCCCUUACCCUUUGGAAUUAAUGCUGGAAAAGAAGCAAGUAUCUUUUUUUUUUUUCUCUUCCCCUUAGUUUUCUAGCAGCUUAUUAAUCAAAGCUGCCUGAGGUGGCUUUCCAUUUUGCGCUGUACUGAACAGUCAGGGCUGGACCUGGACUCACUCUGCUGAUAACUGGCUAAGCAUGCACAAUCUGCAUCAGGGUUUUAUUUCUUCCUUUGCUGUUUGUCCUAAUUCUGAAAUAUCUGCCACUGUGAUGAUGGUUGCCAAAGAAAACUCUGGGUAUAUUUUGUGUGUGUGUAUGUGUGUGUAUCCCCCCCAAACACUUAGCUUUUUCAAAUCAGGAAGCUUUCGAAGCUAUUCUCUGGAAGAGCAAAUGUGACACUUGUGCUGGCUAGAUCUUAUGAAGUGACAAAUAAUUGGGGUUGUGCCUUGUGUGGGUUCCUCCCUCCCCCCAUUCUGUGUAUUGUUCAAAUUCUGCAUGAUCUGUUUGCUGAUGGCUCUUCAAUAAAAGCCUUUUUAAAAAAAUUGUUUGCGGGACAAACUAUUCAAAACACAGAAUGCAGCUAUCCUCUUGGAUCAGCCUAAAGCCUGAUGCUGAGCUCAACAAGCCAGGUGCACUGGGCUUUCUGUAAGGCUUCCAAAACAGACAAACUGCCCUGAUUCAUGAGACAGCAUAUUUGACAUUAAUAAAUGGCUGGGGCAGUCCCCUCGUUUUCCAGCUUUGGCUUCAUUCACACUGAAGCCCUUCUUCAGAAAGAAUUCUUUGCAGUUUAAAGGACAACUCCAUUUCAGAGAGACUCGGGCAAGGCUUCUUGUCCCCAGACUCUUAAAAUUCUAGUUCUCUUGAAAAGUUUUCUCAGCUUUCAUGAUAUGCCUGAUAGUUGAGUAUUUUCCUAAGACACCAGGUGGCCUUUUCUGUUUCCAGUCUCUUCCCAUCCUCUGGGAACAAAGCAAAGUCAACACUGAAAUUUUAUAUUUUAAAACACUCCUGUGCAUCAUCUUUAUAAUAGUUCCUGGCAUUCCCUUGUCUUAUGUUAAACAUGGCAUUUAUGUUCAGACUCUGCAAUCUGAACCUCUUGUGCCCUUGAGCAAGGUUAUUAUUUAAGAGACUAUAGAGAACAAGACCAGAGAAGAACCACAGGGGGAAAAGGAAGAGCAAUGUAGAAUUUGUCUGAAACUUGUUGACUGAAAGCAGUUGGCAAUCCCUUUUCCAAUAGUUCCAAUUUUUGGUACUCUUCUGUAAAUAUAUUCUAGUCUUUUGCUUGUGUACUUCAUAAUGACAUGGUGGCCUUGAAUUUUUUUGAAACAAGUAAAAAUGGUUUCUUAAUCAAGUGGGUUACAGUCAAGAAUUUAGAAAUACCAUUGUAUCUUCUUAUGUGUUUAUUGAUGUGUGGUCAUGUCCUGGUUUACUGCAAGGCAAGGAAUGGAAUCUGCAAGAGUAAAUAUAAAUUUGGGGAUUGCAAAUGGUUUAACUAAAGAAGCAAGAGCCUGGUCCAACUGCUCCCACUGAUUGCUCAGAGUGCUACUCCAAGUGCAAAUUCUAGGAUAAACAUUUCUAUGUUGUAUGGAGAAAGAUGGGAUGUUCAUGUGUUGGGCUGUGAACAGUCCAAAUUGACAGCUACUGUAUGUUGUUAAUCAGCUUGUGUCUCCUCUCUCUCCCCUGCUGGCUAACUUACUGUCUCAGGAAACAGCUUCUUUGUUUGGAAAACACUUUUUAGUUUCACUCAGCAUAAGUAAUUUAAACUUUCAUUCCUCUUUUCUUUCUUUUUUCAUUCCUUUCAUAAGCAGAAAAAAUUGCCUUUAAUAAAACUUUAAAACCCAUGCAAUUUUCAAUUUUAAAUUUUUAGAAAUUACAUUUAAAACCAAAAAUUGUUCAGUGUGGUUUUGUUUGGGGUUUUUUUUCUUAUUUGUUUUUUAAUAAUCUUGCUAUUCUAUUCAGUUUCUGUCUGUGAGACUCUGAUUCAAGUGCAUUUUGGAUCAGGUUCUUACUGCUUGGGCCAGCUUAUGAAUUAGGUGACUGGCUCAUUUUUAAUUCCUCCUUUUUCCUUUUUUUCUGCUCAAGUUGAGUAGUUGAAACUUUAAGUCUUAUUUACCUUAAAUGUUCAGGCUUCAUCUUAAAAUCUAUGUAUGCAUCUCUGUACGCUACCGAGGGACUGUCUGUGGUGUUUGGCUACCUCAUCUCAGUGUUAGCUCUCCUGCUUGUUUCAUGCAGGUGAGAACAAAAUGGGCCAUGGGAAAUGGCCAAUUUUUCUUUCCAUGCAUAUGAGGAUGGGCCAUACUUCAUCUCAGGCUUAUGUAUGUCCUUGGCACAUAUCAUGAAUGACUGGAAUUUAAAAAUGUAUGUUUUCUACUCAUUGGGGAAAAUGUAGAAGGAAAAAGAAUGAAUGGUUUGCCCAAAGCAUGAAUCUUACUGGUGAAACCGCAGUUCUAUGAAUAAAAAUGCAUUAAAAUAACAAAA